GGGGAGCAGUGAGGAGGUACUGGUCUGUCCUGGUCUGUCCUGGUCUGUCCUGGUCUGUACCCCCAAUCCCCAAAGCCCCUCCCCAGCUCCCCCAGGACCCUCCCAGACCCCAAAGCCCCCCAGGCCCCCCCAAGCCCCUGACUUGGUCCUGCUGCCCCUUGAGCAUCUGCAGCUGCUGCAGAACCAGGCAUUUCAUCAGCAAAUGUGCAGCUGACACCAAGCUGGGGGUGUGUUGAUGUGCUGGAAGGCAGGAGGGCUCUGGAGCACAAGUGGUGUGAGGAGAGGCUGAGGGAGCUGGGGGUGUUGAGGCUGGAGAAGAGGAGGCUCAGGGGAGACCUCCUGACUCUCUGCAAGUCCCUGCCAGGAGGGUGUAGCCAGGUGGGGGUGGGGCUGUUCUGCCAGGAAGCAGCAGUAGGACAAGAGGGCUGGGUCUGGAGCUGUGCCAGGGGAGGUUUAGGUUGGAUAUUGGGAAGGAGUUUUUUGCUGAGAGAGUAAUGAGGCCUUGGAAUGGGCUGGGCAGGGAGGGGGUGGAGUCCCCGUCCCUGGAGGUGUUGAAGGUGAGAGUGGAUGUGGCCUCAGUGCCAUGGUCUGGGAAGCACGACGGGGUUGGAUCCAGGGUUGGGCUUGAUGAUCUCGGAGGUCUUUUCCAACGUGGCUGAUUCUGUGAUUCUCUGAUUGCCAUUCCUGUGGCAGCACAUGCUUGAGGCUCCAUCCCCAGGGGGAUAGAGAUGUCUGUCCAUAUCUAUCUGCAAGGAUUUCUCCUUCCCAAAGCUUGGCCAGAUGAAGGAGGCUGCGAGGAAGAGGAAGAUGCCUUGGGCCCCCCAGGCAGGCCCCGAGCUGAGGACGGAGAGCCCGGAGGACAAAUCCCCCCGGCAGAGCCUGGUGGGAGAGGCCGUUUUGAAGGGCUCCCCGGCGCAGGAAGGCAGCGGGGAGGGAAAGGGCCGGAGAUCCCCCCGCAGGAGGGGCUCCAAAGCCAUCCCAGGGUGCUCUGAGGAGGAAAGAGCCAGCCUGUGCCGGGAAGGCGGCCGGAGCUUGAGGGGGAGCUCUGAGCUGGUGGUCCCUGAGGAGCCUCCCAGCAGGGAGAAACCCUUCAGGUGCUUGGAAUGUGGGAAGAGCUUCAGGAAGAGCUCCUACCUCCUCACCCACCAGCACAUCCACACUGGGGAACGGCCCUACUCAUGUAGGAAAUGUGGGAAGAGCUUCAGGUACAACUCCAACCUGGUCCGACACCAGCACAUCCACGCUGGGAAGCAGCCCUACACGUGUGGGGAAUGUGGGAAGAGCUUCAGUUACAACUCCAACCUGAUCCAACACCAGCACAUCCACACUGGGGAACGGCCCUACACAUGCAGGGAAUGUGGGAAAAGCUUCAAGUACAGCUCCAACCUGAGCCAACAUCAGCGCAUCCACACUGGGGAACGGCCCUACACGUGUGGGAAAUGUGGGAAGAGCUUCAGCUUGCUCUCUGACCUGAUCCGACACCAGCACAUCCACACUGGGGAACGGCCCUACACGUGUGGGGAAUGUGGGAAGAGCUUCAGGUACAACUCCAACCUGAUCCAACACCAGCACAUCCACACUGGGGAACGGCCCUACACGUGUGGGGAAUGUGGGAAAAGCUUCAGGGUCAACUCCCACCUGAUCAAACACUGGCACAUCCACAGUGGAGAACGGCCCUACACGUGUAGGGAAUGUGGGAAGAGUUUCAGACAGAGCUCCACCCUUCACACCCACCAGUGCAUCCACAGUGGAAAACGGCCCUACAAGUGCUUGGAAUGUGGGAAGACGUUUCAGACCAAGUCCAGUCUCCUCCUGCACCAGCGGACGCACACGGAUGAGAGGCCCUUCCGCUGCACUGAGUGCGGGAAGGGCUUCAAGCAGAACUCCAACCUCAUCACCCACCGGCGCAUCCACACCGGGGAGAGGCCCUACAAGUGUGGGGAGUGUGGGAAGAGCUUCACCCGGAGCGGUAACUUGACCUCACACCAACGGACCCACCAGUAAGGGCCUCCUACGAGUGCCCCGACUGCGGGAAGAGCUUCGGCCACUGCUUCCACCCCAAAUGAACCCCCUGAUGGGGAGGCAACCCCUGGAGUCCAGUGACUGUCAGUCCAUCCCUUUUGACCACAAAGGGCCAGUCCCCUUUCCCAGGGGCAGCUUCUUCCAACAGAACCCUUCCUGGGGGGUGUGGAGAUUCCUGCCUUGGCUGGGGACCCCCCAAGGUCACUGCUGGAGAUUGAGAGCAGAGAUCUCCCCACGAGCGUUGGUCUGGGGGAGUUCCAUCCAUCUCUAAUUAAGAAUUAUUGCUUUUGUGCCAGCUUUAGUAGAAUUGCUUCAACAAUUGCUUUAGUGUAGAGCACUGUCCUAUCUUCUCCUGUACUCCUGGUAGUUUUAGUGUUUGUAUUGUGCAGUAAAUAAUUCUGAUGAAGA